GGCUCUGAGGCCUCGGUACCUUCAGCCCGCCCCGGCCGCGGCCUUGCGGAGCUCUCUCCGUCCUCGGCCUCUCGCAGCGAGAAAGCUGCGGCCAUGGAGAAGUACCAGGUGCUGGGGCUCGUGGGAGAAGGCAGCUACGGGGUGGUGACCAAAUGCAGAAACAAAGAGAGCGGGCAGAUCGUCGCUGUCAAGAAGUUCCUGGAAAGCGAGGACGAUGCGGUGGUGAGGAAAAUCGCCGUGAGGGAAAUCAAGCUGCUGAAGCAACUCAGGCAUGAGAAUCUCGUGAACCUGCUGGAAGUGUACAAAAAGAAGAAACGGUGGUAUCUGGUUUUUGAAUUUGUGGAUCACACAGUGCUUGACGACCUUGAGGCAUUUCCAAACGGACUAGACUACAGCAGGGUUCGGAAAUACUUAUUUCAGAUCAUGAGAGGAAUAGCCUUUUGUCAUAGUCACAAUAUAAUACAUCGUGACAUUAAGCCAGAGAACAUCCUAGUUUCCCAGUCCGGAGUUGUAAAGCUCUGUGACUUUGGAUUUGCCCGUACCUUGGCAGCUUCUGGGGAAGCUUACACAGACUAUGUGGCAACCCGAUGGUACAGAGCUCCGGAGCUGCUGGUGGGAGACAUCAAGUAUGGCAAGGCUGUGGAUGUGUGGGCUAUUGGCUCGCUGAUAACAGAAAUGCUUACAGGAGAGCCCCUCUUCCCUGGAGAUUCAGACAUUGACCAACUCUACCAUAUCACCAAGUGCCUGGGUAAUUUAAUUCCAAGACACCAAGAAUUAUUCUAUAAGAAUCCCCUCUUUGCUGGCAUGAGGUUGCCUGAAGUGAAGGAGGCUGAAUCCCUGGACAAACGAUAUCCCAAGCUCUCUGCUGCAGUGCUAGAUUUAGCCAAGAAUUGUUUGCAGAUUGAUCCAGACAAAAGACCAUCCUGUGCUGAACUCUUGCAGUGCGAUUUCUUUAACAAGGAUGGAUUUGCUGAAAGAUUUGCUCAGGAGCUUAAAUUGAAGAUUCAGAAAGAUGCCAGAGAACAUCAAUUACAAAAAAAAUCAAAGAUAAGCAAAAGGGACAAAGAUGAUGUUUUAGAAGAAAGAAGAAUACUUGAUGUCCAGGAUUUCACCAUUGACCCAAAGAGCAGAGAUGCAAAGCUCUUAAAGGCAAAGCGCUCUAAAGCUGGUACAGAGAAAACAAAUCGUUCCUCCAACCUAAGCUCCCUCUACGACAGUGCGAUCAACCCAUUUAAAAUAAGCUCUCAAACAAGCCUAAAAGAUUCCAGCAGCAGCUUGGACUACCCCAAGAAUCCAGGCAUAUUUAUCCCUCCUAUCAACCAGAACUUUUCUCCCACUAUGGUUGGGCUGGGUCCUGUGCCUGGAAACCUUAAUUACAGAGUUGAUGAAAAAAGCAAAAAAUACUUGAACCCAUUUCUAAAGCAACGGAAGCUUUCUCCAGCAGGCCAUUACAGUGUAAGGCUGACACCGGUUACUAAUGAAAAAAACAUCCUUCAGCCAAAUAGGAAAAAAUGGGAAUUCUCCAAGACAGAGGUGCGUUUGCCAGAACUAAACCAUCUCCCCGAACUGAGAGGAGUGGAAGCAUGGCAUCCCAGAUUUCUGAAAAAGGAAAACAAAACCGUUUCAGAGUCCCGUGUCCCCUCCCUUGCUGCUAUUGACCUACAUAACUUAAGUCUGGCCUCACAGCAGCUGUCAGGGACCUUGAUGCCUGAUGCAUCAGAAGCCAGCUUCCCCAGAGUUGAGCACUAGCUUUAUGGAGAAGAUCACAGCUGCCUGUAAAAGGUGACUGGAACAGCAAGGACAGUCCACCUGAGUUCCAAGGUGCUAAAGCUGCAAGGUCUCAGCAGGAGAGAGAAGGAUCCCUUACUCUGCUGUUAGCACAGUGGGCUGCUGUGGGACGCGGCUCAGGUCCGGCCCAAGGCCAGAGCUCGCGCUGCCAUCACUGCUGGAUUUCUUGCACAUAAACAGCUCCUGAAAUGUUGACUUUCUGGCCAAGGGCCAGGUCUUGUCUGAGGUUGCUCUGAGAAAAAUAGCAGUUAUUGGUGUGUGACGAGAGCAGAAGCUGGUUUGGAGGAUUUUUAUGUAAGAUGGGCUUUCUUUUGUCUAAAUGCUGCCCUCUUGAGGGUUUUCAUUUUAAAUGAAGAGAGCAGAUAAGUGCUGAAUAUGCCAUGUUUCGGUGGGUUAACUGAUCUGUAUUGGAAAGCACCUUUGCCUUGAGAAAUAUGUCAGUGAAGAAAAUGUUUGUGCAAGAAAAACAAUGUUUAAAUGUGUACAUGUUCCCAGCUGUUCCUUUGAAACCCUUGCCUAAUGCUCAGCGUGACCUCACGUCAGCUUCCUCCAUGCUUUUGUCUCCCAGCUUUGGGGCUGUUUGUCUUCUGGGUGUUUAUCUGGACCUGUUUGGCAACACUGAGUCAAUGUCUGGCUGCUGUUAAUGGUGAAGGAAGAAGAUCAGUGUAAAUCACUGAGCCCUGGAGAAAGUAGCAUGUGAAAUGGCUUCUGCAAGCACUCAGUAACUUGAGUUACUUUAGGUCUCUUGGGGAAAGAGGACAUACGAGUGUAAAAGCUUGUGGGGAGAGAAAGAUGGCAUCAUCUCAGGGACGUUGUGAGACCAUUUUUGUUUAACCACCCUCAAGCUGGCUGUGGUCUGUUCUGUGGUGUCCCUGCCUUGCUCCCCACUCUCUUCCCCAUCAGCCCUAGGCUGCUGUCUCAGCUCGCACCCCUCUAUGGUGUAGUUAAUUUUGGAAAUGGUCUUUCCACAAAACCUGGUACCAUGACAGAAUCAUAAUUCAAUUGCCAUUGCAUUUAGAGCUUUGUGGCUAUGCUGUGUUUUGACAUGUACAUUAAAAUAUGUAAA